CCUCUCUCCAUCUCUCAGCCUGGCCAGGGGAAACGCCGACGGAUAGAAGGCAUGGGAGCACCUGGACCGCGUGAAGAUCGUAAUGUAACUGAGAAGGAUUCAUAUAAAUAUUGUCGCUUUUAAUGUGACCGGCCGAUCGUUUUGUGCGCCGCGUCCGCUUUGUGAUCAACUUAUCUGGGGAGUGUGGGUGCACCUCUCGGUGUUCCGAAAACUCAGUUGCCGGAAGCUCUACAGCCUCUUAUUGUAUGUGGGGUCUUCCUAUUCCUAAUAAUAGUCUUACUUCUACAUACAAAACGUUGUUUCAGUAUACCAGUAAUUUAUUUUUGGUUUGCUGUGUCAUUCAGACGAAUUGCGGCGUAAAUAAAACAACGUUGAAUGGAUAUUGUAGGCUACAGAAACAACAACGUUAUUAGCAUCCUUAACGUUGUUUUGUACAUACUUCAGUGUAUAUUGCGCUGACUGGAUACAUUGUCAUUCAAUUUGAUCAUACAAGGCCUCAAAUAUUGAUCGUGUUCAUAAAUCUUCUGUUUGAAUUUAUACCGCGUUCAGAUCAUGUCGGAAACUCGGGACGUCCGAGUUAAAAUGAACGUAAGUUUUUUACGUAGAGCUUCCUAUUGGUUGGUUCUGGUUUAUCCCAAGUGUGAAACUCGGGAUCCGAAUCUUCCGCCUAGGUUAGCAAGUCGGACAUUACGUCUUUCCGACAUGAUAUGCGUAUGGCAUCACCAUACACUUCCGCUUAUGCUCAAUUACCCUGGGGAUGAGAUCCGUUUGAACUAUCCACCUGGUCCAUUUGAUGCUGCACUCGCGUAACAGGUGGUCAGCUUGCCAUGCAGUCUCCUCAUGGAUUACAAUGGAAUCGGCCGUAAGUCUGUUAAUUGGCCGAUAGAAUGUCUCCCUAUCUAAGUUUCUGAUUAUUUCAUUUCUAACUGCCACACCACCUUGUAUCCGCUUGUGCUGCCUGUAUGUACGCUGCUGGGUUGCUAUGGAAACUAUUGGUCUGCUUUUACCACAGCUGUUUACUCACAUGCAGACAGCAUACAGACACACACACACACAAGCGAUGCCAGGAGGGCGAGACAGACAUUAGCCUUUUAACAGAGAGAGAUUAGAUACUUACUUGGCCAACUAUUCCUCCAACUCUGCCAGCAAUCUAUCCCAACUCUCUUCUUGUCCUAUGUUCUGAAACCCAUAUUCAUUUAUUUAGAUAGAGCUAUGUGGGGCUGCUAAUUGCUCAAAAGAAGACGUUUGAGAGAGAGAAAGAGCAGUAGCAGUGUAGUGGAGAGAGCUGACAUUCAAUUCAAGGCAUUACCUCAGCCUGCUCUCGGCGUUGCUGUUGUGUAUAAACCAUCAGUAUCGGUGUAUCAGUCAUCAGAUAUUGGUCAUCGGGUCAAACCCCCUGAGAGAGCGAGAGAGAGAGGUUAGAUUUAAUGAGGGAUGUGUAUAGCAACUCAGUGUUCUGGCCUCUGCCCACAACUUUACAAUCAGCUAUUCUCCAACCUUGGUCCUUUAGUCCAGCACCACUAACGCACCUGACUCAACUACUCAACUGCCGGGCCUUGACUAUCUCUAUUGCUGUGUGGUAGUGUUGGGCUGUAACAAAAGCCUGGGCACCCUGUAGAUCUACAGGACCAGGGUUGGUAAUCACUAAGCUCAGAGUAGAGCAGCUCCAAGAGAUGCAUUUGUCUGUUAAGAUGUAGAAGAUGUUGCUGAGAGUCAACAUCUGUCACUGUUAGUUAAUGUGUUACUGUGUGUGAUGAUAUCGGUACACUCAUACUGUACAACAUGUUGUGAAGGAAAGGGAACUGCGUCCUAUCAACAGCGGAGCCAUUUAAACUAAAUCAAACAUCAAUAUUGUUGUUAUUGUAAUGUUCAUAGACAACAACAACAGCGAGGCACAAGGCAGGCACCAUUUCGUUUGUCAGAAAGCGGGAGCGCAUUGCUGAUGCUAAUGAAUGCAAUCAGAACAGAGUAUGAAAUUCUUCGAAUCAACUUUUUUAAUGAUGAGAAGUAAUGAUGAGAUUUUCUCAUUUCUAUAUUUGGGCCUGUAGGGAGAAUGUUCUACUUGCUCUUGGUCUUGUAAUAGGCAGUAAUGUUAGCCUUCAGGGUGGUAUGACGCUGUGAGAGACUGCCUCCCUGAAAUGUACUGUAUUAAAGCUGUGUAAACAACGAAUAAUAGCAUGAGCAGUAUACUGCAGUAUAGCAAGCCCUCAAGCUGGUAAAUCACUAUGGUAAAACUGCUGUGAGGAGUAAUGUAUGAAAAGGUACUACAUAAGCAGUUUUAACAUAGGUUUGAUUCUAUCCUCCUCUGGUCUCUGUCUGGGAGUUUGUCUAAUGGGGCCAGUACUGUUAUUGAAAUGUGUUAGGCAUGAGUCAUCCACCUUAUUGUGAACAGUCUUGUAUGAGUGGAAUAAAGCUGUGUUGGUCUGUAUUUACACUGAAUUACCAGCAGUUUUAUAGCGUUAGCAAUGACCCACGAUCACUCCUGGGUGUCAGUUCACUUUCAGCCCACCCCAGCAUGAACACUGCUAUUAGAGCAGGAUUAAGACCUGUUACAAAAAAACCUGACUACUACCUCACACACACACACACACACACACACACACACACACACACACACACACACACACACACACACACACACACACACACACACACACACACACACACACACACACACCCCUUGCACUGACUCCACUGCUCACACUGCAGUGGUUCUGAGGUGUGGGGAGUAAUGCACUAUUUGAAUACUGCAGGCUAAUUAAAUGUUAGUCGUUAAACAAUCCCUUGCUUGGCCGUUUUCACCCUGUAGGGAGAGAGAGAGAGAGAGAGAGAGAGAGUAAAAAAGGGGAGCGAUAGGGGACAGAUGGAGUGGGGGAGAGAGGAGAGACAAUAAGGAUACUGUUGGGAGUAUGCCAUCACCACGAUCAAACCAAGCUCCUUGUAUUUGAAACAUUGACUAAUAGCUUUGAUGAGGAUUACAUUAUAACUAAAGUUGACAGUCGACUCGUGCCUAUAUAGGGAUCGAAGGAGACUAACUAACUAAUUAAAAGUAUGAAAAGAGACUCAUGCUGAUUGUGAAUGACUUCUUCCUUGGGUGCUGGUGGAACUACUGUUGAUCUCAAGCUGUUCAAGCAGUUAAUUUAAAAAAAGAUGUGGCGAAGCAAAUCGGUUACUGAUUGCAAUUAAUACGCUCUGCAAGGCACACCAGGAGAAAGCAAUUCUGUCUCACUAACAAGACUCUGCCUGCCGGGGUCAGAGUGGAGAACAACACCACAGCUUUUAUUUGCUGUUAUGCUUUCCUUCUUUAAUCCAUUAUUAAAACCAAACCAAGUAAUAUACUGGCUGGCUGGCCAUCUGUACCCUGGCCUCGCAACUCCAAAACAUGUCACUGUUUCUAUGGUAACCCACUCCUGCCCUCAAAAGUUACACAGUGGAGAAUUGUUUUUCUUUCUAAAAGAAGCGUCUAUCUUUCUUUAUUCUCUUUGUGCAUGCAUCCUUCCUUUUAUUUGUCUAGAGAGAGAGAGAAUAUAUCUGAUGCUAGUUGUAGGUCCCAAGAAACAAAGAGAUCUUCUGUUGGGUCUGACAAUUAAUCUUUAUGGUUGUACAGUCGUCUCAAAUAAAACUGUCAAGGACCUCAGCAGUACUUUGUUCUUAUCUCUCUUUUGACAAACAUAUCAAGAAUAUUUCAAGGACAGCGUUUUUCCAUUUCCGUAACAUUGCAGAAAAGCUAAUCCAUGCUUUUGUCAUUUCUAGAUUAGACUACUGCAAUGCUCUACUUUCCGGCUACCCGGAUAAAGACCUAAAUAAACUUCAGUUGACUAGAACCAAAAAAUGUGAUCACAUUUCUCCAGUGCUAGCCUCCCUACACUGGCUUCCUGUUAAGGCUAGGUUUUACUGCUAACCUGUAAAGCAUGACAUGGUUUUGCUCCUACCUAUCUCUCCGAUUUGGUCCUGCUGUACAUACCUACACGUACGCUACGGUCACAAGACGCAGGCCUCCUUAUUGUCCAUAGAAUUUCUAAGCAAACAGCGGGAUGCAGGGCUUUCUCCUAUAGAGCUCCAUUUUUAUGGAAUGGUCUGCCCACCCAUGUGAGAGACGCAGACUUGGUCUCAACCUUGAAGUCUUUAUUGAAGACUCAUCUCUUCAAUAGGUCCUAUAAUCAGCCUUGUCUCAGAGUAGUAAGUUGGUGGUUUGCGGAUAUCCUUUUAGUGGUGUUGGGGCUGUGCUUUGGCAAGGUGGGAGGGGUUAUAUCUUGCCUCGUUGGCCCUGUCGGGGGUAUCGUCGGACAGGGUCACGGUGUCUCCCGACCCCUCCUGUCUCAGCCUCCAGCAUCUAUGCUGAAAUAUUUGUGUCGGGGGGCUAGGGUCAGUCUGUUAUAUCUGGUGUAAUUCUGCUGUCUUAUCUAGGACCAUGCCUCAGGACUACCUGACCUGUCCCCAGUCUACCUGGUCGUGCUGCUGCAGUUUCAACUGUUCUGCCUGCGGCUAUGGAACCUUGACCUGUUCACCGGACGUGCUACCUUGUCCCGGACCUGCUGUUUUCGACUCUGUCUCUCUACUGCACCUGCUGUCUCAAACUCUGAAUGCUUGGCUAUGAAAAGCCAACUGACAUUUACUCCUGAGGUGCUGACCUGUUGCAACCUCUACAACCACUGUGAUUAUUAUUAUUUGACCCUGCUGGUCAUCUAUGAACGUUUGAACAUCUUGGCCAUGUACUGUUAUAAUCUCAACCUGGCACGGCCAGAUGAGGACUGGUCACCCCUUCGAGCCUGGUUCCUCUCUAGGUUUCUUCCUAGGUUCUGGCCUUUCUAUUAAGUUUUUGCUAGCCACCGUGCUUCUACAGCUGCAUUGCUUGUUGUUUGGUGUUUUAAGCUGGGUUUCUGUAUAGCACUUUGUGACAUCGGCUAAUGUAAAAAGGGCUUUAUAAAUACAUUUGAUUGAUUGAGAGAUUGACUAACUAAACAUCCAUUGUUGAAUGUGCCAAACUCACACAAGUUACCUCGCAGGAAAAAAGACAUACUGAAAUAAGCCAAUUAUGUUCGAGUGAUGUGGACCCAAGCACUUCGUCUACUAAAGGCUUUUUGUCAAUGAAGCCUAAUGAUAUCCAUGUUUUAUAUUACCCACCCACACUCUCAGUGUGAUGUGUGGCGGUGUUAAUGGGUUGUCAAUGCUCAGUAGAAAUAUGUAUUUUGUAAGUGAUCCUGUGGCUACCAGGGUUUUAGCUGUGGACUCUUACGUAAUUUACAUUUUACUUUGUAGUCAUUUACUGUAGCAGAUGCUCUUAUUUAAGAUACUCUUUGAAAAGCUAGGGUUUCAGAUGUUUUCAGAAGAUGGGCAGGGACUCUGCUGUUCUAGGUUUAGGUGUAGAAGGGCCAAGCGACCAGAGUUGGCAGAAAGUGGUGCUAGAGUUGCAGUUGUCAAGGCCGGGGAUGUCUGUGGCCCUUCCUCUGUGAGGUAUGGUCAUAACUUACGAAAGUUGUAGAGCAUGAACAUGCAAGACCAAGUCACUGCUUUGAUGUUUGCAGGGAACAUGUUAUCCAGGGUCAUGCCAAGGCUUUUUUAACUCUGGGAGGGGGACACCUGAUGAUCCUGGAUUGAUCCUCUGUUGAUCCUCUCCACUGUUGAUCCUCUCCACUACACCUGGUAGGAGCGGGGGACACUGUGGACAGAUCCUCUCCACUACACCUGGUAGGAGCGGGGGACACUGUGGACAGAUCCUCUCCACUACACCUGGUAGGAGCGGGGGACACUGUGGACAGAUCCUCUCCACUACACCUGGUAGGAGCGGGGGACACCGUGGACAGAUCCUCUCCACUACACCUGGUAGGAGCGGCCUGCCAGGUAGAAUGCAAUCCAAGAGUGUGCAGAACCUGAGAUACCCAGCCCUGAGAGGGUGGAGAGGAGGAUUGGAUGGUUCACAGUGUCAAAGACAGUGGAUAGAUCUAGGAGGAUGAGAACAGAGGAGAGAGAGUCAACUUUGGCAAUGAGGAAAGUCUCAUUAACACAGAGAAGAGCAGUCUGGGUUGAGUGACCCGUCUUGAAGCCUGACUGGUUAGGGUAGCGAGAGAGAUGAUCAAAGACAGCAUGCUCAAGUGUUUUGAAAAGAAAGAAGGAAUACCGGUCUGUAGUUUGAGUCAGAGUGUUGUUUUUUAAAGGGGAAUGACUGCCAGUUGUCAGGGAUAAGUUGAUGAGGAAAGUGAGGAAUGGGAGAAAGUCUCCAGGGAAGGGAAGAGGUGAUGGGGUCAAGUGGGCAGGUUCUCGGGUGGACGGACCUCGCUAGUCGCAAGAUUUCAUCUGGAGAGAGAGGGGAGAAAGAGGUCAAGGCGCAGGGUAGUUCUGUGAGAGAGUGAACAGUGGAUUCAAUAGGCUGAGUGAAUGAGGAGCCAAUGUCGUUAAACUUCUUUUCAAAGAGGUUGACAAAGUCGUCCGCAGAGAGGGAGGAGGGAAAGGGAGGGCGGAGGAUGAAGGAGGGAGGAGAAGGUGGAAAAUAGUUUUCUCGGGUUAGAGACAGAAGGUUAUAAUUUAGAGUAAUACAAAGCGCAUACAGACCAACAGAAGGUAGAGAGGAGGGAGUGGAAGGUUGAUAGGUCCUCUGGAAAUGUAGUUCCUCUCCAUUUUCACUCAGCUGCCCACAACCCUGUUCUGGAAGCAGUGAUUCACUCAGACAAUGUUUCAGGAGGGGAGGGCCAAGACAGGUAGGAGGAAAGGGGACAAUGCGAGUCAUAGGAUGCGGGAAGUGAUGAGAGUAGGGUUGAAGAGGCAGAAUCAGGAGAGAGGAGGGAGAAGGGUUUAGCAGAAGGGAGAGAUGAUAGGAUAAAUGAGGAAAAAGUAGUGGGAGAGAGAGUGAAGAUUGCGACAUGGUGCAUGACCAUCUGGGUAGGGGCUGAGUGGCUAGGGUUGGAGGAAAGGCAGACAGAAAAGGAAAAUAGUGAUCAGAGACGUGGAGGGGGUUGCAGUGAGAUUAGUAGGUGAACAGCAUCUUGUAAAGAUGAGGUCAAGCAUAUUGCCAGCCUUGUAUGUGGGAGUUGGAAAGAAAUUACUUGAAGGCAGAUGUCAAGAGGUUGGUCUCCAGGGAACAAGUGACAGUGACAGCAUGGAAUUCAAAUGACGAGAUGGACAGGUGAGUGAGGGAGAAAAUAAAAAUCUCCAGAAACGAGUAGUUCUGUGCACCCAUUGUGACGACCAGAUGCUCUCGGACUAUGAGAGAACACUGAGCUGAUCCACCAUGCGGCUGCUGCUGCUCAGUCACACUGUCUGUGUGGGUAGAAGAAAUAGGUUACAGGCAAGAACUAGACAUGGAGAGAGAGGAGGAAGAGGGAGGGGAUGUGGGGAAGGGAAGGCUGGUUGCCUGGUUACUGAUGGAUGUUUUCCUCUGCUUGUAAAGCCCAAUUCAUCCUGAUUGUGUACACAGCUAAAGAGGGUCAUGACACACACACACACACACACACACACACACACACACACACACACACACACACAGCCAAAGGCCACAACAGAACAUCCAAUCUAUUCAAUAGUAAAUAGCUGUAGGUUGCUUUGAUUAGAAGCAUCUGCUAAAUGACCAUAUUAUUCUGAGUCAGUGGGAACUUAGAUAAGUACUCUUCUAUUGGAUUAUAUUACAUUGUCUUUCCGGAAAGAGCCUCCGGUUGGGCUUUGCUGACCUUGCUCCAUCCACUAUCUCUGGUCCUCCACCUAGUUCUCUGGAUCUCCUGACAACACCACUCUCUCAACUCUUCCAGUUGACACGGCACUAUACCCAGGGGUGCUAACCCUGUCCAUCUCCAUCUCUGGUUUCCUGGACCCACCUCUCCCUCACCUCUCCCCCAACAACCCUUCCCCUCCCUGGGCCGAGAUAUAGAUGUCUGUGCCCUCGGCCUUGGAGUUCCACUGGCAGAGCCUGGCUCGGCUGCCAAGCGGGCGUGUCUACCACUCCCUGGCGGAGGUGGGGGGGCAGAUGUACAUGCUGGGGGGCUGUGAUGCUGCAGGGAGGCCCUCCCCAGCCCUGGAACUCUACUCUCCAGAGGGGGACCAGUGGCUAAGCUUGCCCCCCAUGCCCACCCCUCGGGCGGGUGCGGCAGUGGCGGUGCUGGGCAAGCAGAUCCUGGUAGUGGGUGGUGUGGGGGAGGACCAGCGCCCUCUCAAGGUGGUGGAGGUGUACAACACAGAGGAGGGGAGGUGGAGGAAGAGGAGCGCCCUCAGAGAAGCACUGAUGGGGGUGGCCGUCACUGUAAAAGAUGGGCGUGCGUUGGCAGUGGGUGGUAUGGGUUCAGACCUGCUCCCUCGUAGUAUACUACAGCAGUAUGACCUGAGGAAGAAUGUGUGGGCAUUACUGCCCCCUAUGCCCACACCGCGAUAUGAUGCUACAGCACACCUACUGGGCAACAAGAUCUACGUGGCAGGUGGGCGUCAGUGUAAGCGCACGUUGAAGGUCUUUGAGGUAUUUGAUUCAGAGACACGCUCCUGGAGUACACUACCCAACAUGCCGUGUAAACGUUCGUACGGUGGCGUGUUCUGGGACAGUUCGGGGAGGCUGUGUCUGCUGGGGGGGCUUAGGAAGGGAGGGGGCCACCAGAGCUCCAAGUUCACCAAGAAUGUCAACAUCUUUGAUACUAACCAGGGGUUGUGGUUGAAGUCAGAGGACACGGUGGCCAUGAAGACUAAGAGGGCUGACUUUGCCUCAUCUUUCCUCAGGGGCAGGAUGGUCGUAGCAGGAGGACUCGGUCACCAGCCUUCAGUUCUGGACACGGUGGAAGCCUUCCACCCUCAGAAGAGGAAGUGGGAGAGACUGGCUCCCAUGGCAAUGGCGCGAUGCUCUGCCUCGUCCAUCGUCAUCAGGGACCGCUUGCUGGUAGUGGGAGGAGUCAACCAGGUGCUGGAAUAUUGCUGUGCUUGUUGUCGCACACACACACAAACACACACAAACACACACACACACACACACACACAUACACACUCGCCAUUUACUAUCUGUCUCUGUCUAACUGUCUUUAAGGUCCCUAGUUCAGCCCAUGAGAUCCUGUAUGUGAAAGAGGAGUGUCUGUAGGCUAGAGGACAUGACCCUUACAGGAUGAUUGACAGCAGGAUGACCACAAGAAGAUUCUGAAUUCUAGAACAUGCUAUUCGAGAUCAGUGGUUCCAGUGCUUUUAUAAUGGCUGCUGGUCUGGGACAAGUGCAAUAUGUUUCCUAAGAUCUACAGAGUAAUAGAAAGGAUGGGGAAAUACCACAAACACAGAACAGUGCCCUCUGCUGGGAUGUCUAUGCACACUCAACUCCAACACAAAGUGAGAGAACUGAUAUCACACAGGCUACACACAGAGAGAAUAGAUCCCAAUUAUCACCAUAGUGACUCACAUCGUACAAAAUAUUCUACACCAGGGAUGGCCAACAUUGAUGGGCGUAGGCCCACUAAAAAUCUGAACUCAUCAUGAGGAGCCGAAGUUACUCGCGGGUCUGCGUACCCACGUGGGCACAACCACAUUUCGAAAUAGAGCCUUGUGUAUUCUAAAAAGAAAAGGUAGCCAGUUGCACAUCCCUGUUCUACACACACGAGGAGCUGGCUUUUUCUGUAAAUAAGUUAUUCAGAAGAGUUUUAGUAAUGUAAAGAUUCCUCUUCACUGUGUGUGAUCUCCCUAUAGAGAUUCUCAAGGUAUUCAAUAUUUGUUUUACUUUUGCAUCUAUUGUUGUAGAUUUACUGCUUGUCUUGCCUUAAACAUUUUUAACUGGACAUAUAGAUGUGAUCUUAACAGGGAGUAAAGACUAGAGCAAGAUAAUACAUUUUGUAUUGUUACUGAGAUAAAUACUGUUUAUUUGUUGUGUAUGAAAUGUGUGCAGUUUGUCAACAGUUUGAUAUUCCUUACUGUAGAUGCAAGUGUCAUGUUAGUGUACACCCAUCUUUAAGACCUAAGUUAGCCAACUCCGGACAUACAGUACAGUACAGUAUGCAGUCGCUUGGACUAGCAUGAAGACAUGCACUUAACUGGAGUGUGCAUAUAGCAUGCAUGCAGACAUAGCAUGCAUAUAUCUGGAGCAAGUCAAAAUAAUGUAUAUGAAUUAACUGCACUACUGAAACAGAGUGUGCAAUCAUCAGGAGUUGACUAUACCCACUGAUGGAGGCCGCUGAGGGGAGGACUGGAAUGGCUGGAAUGGACAGAAUUUAUUUGUAUCAAACACAACCAUGAUACCAUUGCAUUUACUCCAUUCCAGCCAUUAUUAUGAUCCAUCCUCCCAUCAGCAGCCUCCACUGAAACCUACAUAUUUGAAUGGGUUGCCUAUGGAUUGCUAUGGCAAUAUGAAUUAUAUAGGUGUGAGAAGGUUAAUCAUGUAAUGUCUGGUUUAAAGUAUAUAUCAAAUGGUGUAUGUUCUUUAAUCCUAUUUAAGAUCUGUUGCUCUUUUUAAAAUCCCCAUUUAAAAAAUAUAUGUUAUACUCGUGAUUACAUGCAAUACUGGUUUUCGGUUCAUCUGUUUUGGUUUGUAAUUAGUGCACUGUGUAUUGACAAUUGAUUUCUGUCAAAUGUAUGUAUUAAUGAAUAUCUUCAUUCUCAGGAUGUUUUUAAAAAGCACACACUACUGGAUUAAUACUUCUACAGUAAGUAUGGCUUCAAUGAGGUAUUCUUCUAACUUGAUUAGAAAAUAAAACAAAAGAAGCUUAACAAAAUAA